UAAUUAACAAUAACAAGGAAAAUUCCAAGACCGGUUCUUGUCUGAAAGUGCGAACUCAACGAAUAAAAUGGACAAUUUGUCGGAAAGGGAAGAACGCUUACGUGAAGCAGCUAGCAUUGGGGAUUUGGAUACUUUAGAAAAUUUGUGUAAAACUGUGAGUAUAAACUCCAAAAACAACAUCAAUGGCUGGACAGCGCUGCAUUGGGGAUGCAAAAGAAACCACGUAGGAGUUGUAAAAAUUCUACUUCAACAAGGAGCUGACAAGAAUAUCUGCAAUAACAAAGAAGAAACUCCAGAUCAGCUUACAAACAACUCUGAAAUAUUAGAACUUUUAGGGUGUCCCCCAAAACCAAAAGAAGAGAAGCAAUCUGAACUGCCAAUCACCCCCAAUUAUAUCGCAAAUCCCCCCUUUCCCCAUGUGAAAAAUACACCCCAAAUUGAGAAAGAUCAAGGAAGACAGAAAGAAUCAUUUAACAUGAAUGGAAACCACAGUAACAGUGAAAUUAGAAGAAGCAACCAUGGAAAUUCUACUGAAAAUGAAAUAGUGUUAAAAGCACGAAUUGCGAACAUGGAAGAAACAGACUUUAUUGAAAUUGAGUUGGACCGAUCAACACUCACUUUCGUAGCUCUAGUGAAACUGUUGUGUGACGAAUUAAAAGUUGAUAGCAAAUUGGUUCAAAAGGUCCGCAAGCGUCCGGAUACCAUUGUCAGAAAAGACAAAGAUGUAGCAAGACUAAAAGACUUUCAGGAAUUAGAAUUGGUGCUUACCAAUAAAGCCCAGAGUUCUUUGUCCAGAACGUACAGUAGCGGUAACUACAAUGCAAUUGGUGCUGCGAUCAAAAAAGAACAGAUUUUAUAUUGAAGAAAACGAGAAGGACAAAUUAAAAUAACAAUAUCACAUCAUUUUAUUUCAGACUUAUAGUCGCACAUUUUGGAGGGGUACUGGACAAUUCGUGCCCAGCGAACUAGUCCCCAGACAAUUCGUCCCCUGACAUUAUUCAUACCCUGUCAAUUGGUGGGGUACAAAUACAUGUAGUUUCAGGGGAUGAAUUGUCCGAGAACGAGUUGUCUGGGAUGAAUAGCCCCAGGGGACUAAUAGUCCUGUGACGAAUUGUCCAGGGAUGAAAUGUCUUUGGGGUCGAGUUGUCCGGGCACAAAUUGUCCUGGGACGAAUUGUUUGGGGACGAAUUGUGCCAGAGCCACUUUGGACAAUAUCUAAUUUUGACAGGUUAAUGUACAUUAAAAUGUACUCAUUGCUGUAUUUAUUAUUGAAAAAAAAAUCACAAACUCAACUCCACUCAGCAAACCUCGGCAGAUUCCUUUACUCUACAUGUAGCCUUGGCUGUAUGAUGGUAAGUGAUAUGUACGUACGCCUAUACAACUGUGAUGCGGCAUGGGUUUACUUACUAGGGACACUUGCCGCUUUUAAAAAGAAGUUCUCAAAAUUGCGUCGUUCGAAGCGUGCAAAGUUGUCCUUGUUUAAAGAAAAUCGGAAAAAUUUGAAAGAAAAAUAGCUUCAGACUUUGAAAUAUUUGUAUGAUAAAACAUUCUUCAAAAACGCCGUCAUGGGCAACGCCGUUGGUAAUCUGGGAACUUGAAAGUAGUUCCAAUGGCAGGCUUCGUCACACAGCCUCGGUUAGAUGUAGGAUACUGGAAUCUCUUGAGGUUUACCGAGUGCCUCAACUCCAGACUUGUCUAAGCCUAUUCUAUCAGAGGCCUAUUUAAAGAUUUAAGCAAAGAGUACAUGUACCAUUAACCAUAUUCCAUUUAUAUUGUCUGAAGAGGACGCAAAUGUUGACAUAUUUUCAAUUCAUCAUAUCUUUAUAAAUACUAAACGGAAUUGAACCAUUGUUGAACUGAUAUUACUUUUAGAUAUUCAACUUUCAUAAUAUGGAACCAUUUGUAAGCCUAAUAUUUCUUCUAGAGAAUCAGCUUUCACAAUAUGGAACCAUGUAAGCCUAAUAUUUCUUCUAGAGAAUCGACUUUCCUGAUAUUUUAGAUACAAUGUACAUGUCUGACUAAUUGUACACUGGAUUCAAAAUACCUCAAAUCACAAUCUCAAUAGCAGGAAUUUUUAUUUUACACACAAUCUGAUUAAAAUACAUAUCUAUAUUUCGUUUUUUUUUUUUUAUACUUUCGAUGGCCUAUACUACACGCAGAUCUGACUGGUUGUACUGGAAUGUCGCAUCAGGGGUCGCACUAGCGCCUUUUGACUUAUGCCGUCAGACAUUGAUUAAUCAAUCAGCGUUGACAUUUCUAGUGGUUUACUCAAAGUUCUGUGCAUCGCACGCCAAGAACUCGUCAUAAAAGGGCCCUUAUUAACGAAAACUUAAACUAAGUUACAACCGAAAUUUUAAGAAAUACUGCAACUUCAUUGGAUAUGCAAAUUGAUUUUACUUGUCAGCCAACCGAAUUGCAGUAUUUCUGAAAAUUUUGAUUGUAUCUUAGUUUAAGUUUCCAUGAAUAAGGGCCAAGACCAUUUCAUUGUUUGAUCUCUCACUUCAACCAGGAUGUGGGUAAUAUAACAACUCUGCGAGAUCCUAGUGUAGUAAAAUCCAGCAGCGGAUUAUCAGUGAGGCUGAUGAGGCUGCAGCCUCAGGCCCAAAGAUUUUGUAAAAAAAAUUUUUUUAGACUUGUCUAAUAGGAUUAAAAACGCAUAGACAAUGAAUGUUAGGGGGGUUGGGUUUAGGCCCACCGGGAAUCAACAUAGGCCCUGACCCGAAAUUAAUUAGGCCCACGCCAUUUUAAAUAGGCCCUAUUUAAAAACUAAAUAGGCCCUCCAGCAACUGAAGCCUCAGGCCUUGGUGGAGCUUAAUCCGCCACUGGUAAAGACAAGUAAAACGAAAUUUGAACUAUUAAGAACGAAACGAAAUAGGAUCUGUGUUUUAAUCAGAUUGUUUUACACGUUCAUAUGGAAAUAGGUAGUCUGGAGGUACAUGUACCAAUAUAAAUUAGAAUUAAGUAUGGACCAGCCACCUUAGAAUUAUGAUGUCAUAUUAAAAAUCAAAGGCCACCAAUCGACAAUGAAUCGUGGAGUAAUUGUCCAAAGGACAAGCAUGCCAAGGUUUAUGUUUCCCAAAUUUGAAUAUGUGGAACCUUAGGCUUUUUAUGAAGAAUUUCUCCUGAUCAAUAACAAAUAGAUUAAAGAUACAUUAUGGGAGAUAAGAUAAAGAGAUGGCAGUUCUCGCUAUAAUAGUUAAAAACUAGAUAGUGUAAAGGUAAUUUGCUGAAAAUUUCAGUCAAAUUGAUCUACUAUGAGCCGAGAACGAAGCGGGUGGAAUUUUCGCAUAGUCUCGGACAUCAUUACUAAAAUCAUAAAUAUAAACAGCAUAGUGUCGAUUAUCCACUUUUUUUGAUUUAAUUAUCAAUGGCCAUUAGCGGCAUAUAGUAAUCUAAUCCAGCCAACAUCGAAGGCUAGCCUUGACAUCGAGAGUUGAUUAUGGUCUGGAUAAGUUAAUUAAUGUCUAAUUGAUAAUUUAGAUAACAUUUCAGGCCUAAAGAAAGAUUUGUAAUAAGCAGAUUUUGCUCUUGCAUUAAUGUAUGUUUAAAGAGCCAAUUAAUCUUGAUUAUAUUUUGGAGAAUAAAACAGCUUAAUUCUGUGUUAAAAGCCCAUAAAAUCCUCUACCUUAGGAAAGUGAAAAAUAACUCAAUAUAUACGUGAUACAUUUUCAAACAAGUUAAACACGUCGGUCUUCAUCUGGAAAUAGAGACUGAUGUCUCAAGCUGUAUUAUACAGUAUCUGGAUAAAAAUAGACUUUUAUUUAAAAAUAACGUGUAGGUGAAAUUUACUUUUCAUUAUCAAGUACAGCAUGUGGGUCAUGCACUGUAUAGACCUGGCAAUAGAUUAUCAGGUCAACCAAGGAAACAAUUGACCCGAAAUCUUAAAAGGGUUAUGUUUCUGGAUAAGCAGUUUUGACAUUCACGUCCAAAGGACUCAAUAGUUUGAGCUGAAAUUUUGAGACAGGGUAAAUACACCAUUCCUCUAUAUUUUGGUGCUUAAAUUUCAUGUCUACACAGACUUUUAUUUCUGAGACUCUGUUAAAAUUGGGAUGUUGCCUUUUAGAAAUGUAUGGCACCUGGUUCAAAAAUUCAAGGAUUAAAUCUAAAUUAAGAACAUCUGCUCCAGAAACUGGUCUGGAAAUAAUGGGUUUAGAUGUACCUGACAAAAUGUCAGAUACUAAUGAAAUAGUACCUGACAUUUUCAACUUAGUGCUGGACAUGUAUUAAUAAUAUGAAUAAUAUGGCAAAUCAGUGCCAGACAAAAUGACAGGCACCAGAGGUUUAGUGUCUGACAAAGCCUGACAUUGUCUGUGACAGGUGCCUUAUUUCCAGGCCUGCAGAAAAUUUUAAACAGAUUAUGCUUAAUGUUUAUUUAUAUUGUAUUUUUAUGCACCCACAUUUUCAUGUGGUUGUAUAUUGUGGUCUCCCUUGUCCAUCUCUCUGGAUGUCUGUUAACAUUUUGUUUGUGGACACUCUACAGUUCACAACAUUUAUCCAAUUUUGAUGGAGCUUGAAAUAUAGGUCUAUCUCCCAAAGGUCUCGGUUCCUUAUGCAUCUGACCAUAACUUCAUGAAUUACGGCCCCUGAUUUUACGAAAAAUCAUGGUUUUAGUUUGUGGACACUUUAACUAAGAGGUCACAAUUUUUAUCUAAUUUUGAUAAAACUUAAAAUGUAUGGUUAUACCCCAAAGGUCUCACUUCCUUUCGAUAUUCAGACCCUAACUUCCUGGAUUAUGGCUCCUGUCAGAUUACAUGAAAAAUUCAUGUUUUUAGCUUGUGGAUCCUCUAGAGAUUUAAAUAUAUCAUUGUUACACCCUAAUGACGAUUGAGUUUGAAUUUCGUGGAAAUCUGACCGAAACUGUGUGACAAAAUGGCUGCUCCUCUUUCUCAAAUAGUGUAAAAAUAUGUAAUAUCAAGGUUGUGAACCCUCUAGACGUCACAAUUUUUUUCAGAUUUUGAGGAAACUUAAAAUGUAUGUUUAUAACCCAAAGAUCUUGGUUGCUUUUGAUAUUGGCACAUAUUCGACAGUAACUUCUUGGAUUAUGGCCCCUGUUUGUUCUCUGUCCACCUGUUGCAAAUUUAUAUGGAAAACAAUCACUGGUUUAUUGUACACAUAUAGUACAACUUUUCAAUAAGUGUUCUUUUAUCGUUAUAAAGCGUAAAUUUUUAGAUGAAAUUGUGCUUAAAGAUACAUUAUGGAAGAUUAGAUAAAGAGCUGGCAGUUCUCACUAUAAUAGUUAAAAACUACCUAAUGUAAAGGGAAUAUUCUGAAUAUUUCAGUCAAAUUGCGUCUCUCUGAACCGUUUGAAUGUUAGGCCUAGCUUUAAUGAUCAUUACGAUAAAAAAAUAUAGUCUCAAUAAUCCAUUUUUGGAUUAAAUCAUCAAUGAGCGCUGAGCAGCAAAAUGGAUUCAAAUCAAGUGAAAAUCCGACACAUAAGAUGGCAUCGAGAGUUGAUUAUGGUCUGAAUAAGUUAAUUAA